AAAUGUCUCUUUUAAUCAAACCUAAUUUUGAUUUUCCAUUUUUAUAUUUAUAUGAGAGAUCUCGUUAGAAUGCUAAUCUUCUGGCUAGUUUUCUAUUAUCUUUCACUUGAUCUUAUAUUUUUCAGCAAUCUAUUCUAUUUUAGGAUGACCGCCGCGACAUUGAGAUUAUGACUGAAGUCUCUCAUGUGGUACAAAACCAAUGUGGAAGUUGAGUAGAGAAUAGGUAGUCAUAAAAAUGAUAUUUAUUUAAAUGUCUCUUCAGAUCUAACCUAAUUUUGAUUCAUAAUUUGUAUUUCUUAUAAGAGACUUCUUGUUACAAUGCUAAUAAAAAUUUGUCGUUCCUGUUGGUACCAAGGGCUUGCAAUAUGUAGAAUUUAGUAAUCUUUGUUUAAAGCAUUUGUAUUAUGCAGAAAAUGCUACUACGGAUGGAAAAAUCUAGGUCGUAGAAACAAUAUGUUAUGAUGAUUGAGGUAUUGUUUUUCCUUUCAGUAGUAACUAUAGUUAUAUUAACCUUAUUAUCAUUGUUGAUAAGAUUUAUCUUAUAUCAAUGGGAACCUAUACUGAUAAUUUAGUUGGUCGUUAUUGUUUCGAGUACAAAUAGUUCAGUCAUAGUGAUCACUUAAUAAUAUUUAUAUCUAUAAUAAUUCUAUCUGAUCAUUUGCACAUAUGACAAUUUAUAUUCUUGCCAAUAGACUUUACAAUAUCAAUUUUAAUAGAUUAUUGACAUUAAGGAGUUCGGACCCGACUGGGGCGGUCUUUGACCCGUUACGGACCGGCAACGGUUUUCACCGGACCGGUGAGAAAGUGGAAAAAGAAAUGGGUUCACGUUUCACCAUCUUCCGCUUCUAAUUCCAACAACAACACCAAUCACAAUCACGGUUCUUCUAACAAUGGUAAUAAUAACGGUUCUCAUCUUCUUCUUUAUAAGUGGACCCAUAUUACUCAAAAGCCAGAACACCGACAAUAAUGGAACUAAUGGGAAAGUUAAGGACGCGCAGAUUGAACCGGUGGAAGAGCCUCCCUGGAGGAAAUUUAACUAUGUUCCGGUUGCUGUACUAGAAGAGCAGAAAAAUAAAUCUAAUCCAGUAGAGGCUGAUUCAAGUUCAGCAGAACCAACUAGCAAGAAUGAGAUUUUGGAUGAAAAACUAGAUAUAAAUGACGUCCCAAUGGAAGAAAGCGAGGUUGCUGUACUAGAGGAGCAGAAAAAUGAGGCUCCAGAAAUUGACGAGAUUGCUGAAAAGGUAGAAGAUGAAUCUAAUCCAGUAGAGGCCGAUUCAAGUGCAGCAGAACCAACUAGCAAGAAUGAGAUUUUCGAUGAAAAAGCUGAUAUAAAUGACGUCCCAAUGGAAGAAAGCGAGCCUCAAGACAAAAAUCAGGUAGUACGUCAAGAUCUCAAUGAGAGGUUGGAUUUGAGUUUGGGUCUGACAUCACAUGACGAGGACAAUGAUUCUGAUUCAAAAACUAAUCAAAUUACAGAAGGCCAGUAACGCAAAGUAAACUCAAGUGGCACCGAGACAUGCACAGGGUUUCCUCAUCAUUCUAAGUGAUUCAGACUAUAUAUUGGCCUGAUGGAAUUGAGUUUUCACCCUGGCUAGAUGGUUCACUCCCUGGCUGGUUUAGGUUGGAUUAUUGUGGUGGCAUAUGCCAGUUGUAUGUUAUUAUUAUGCAGUGUCCUUGCUGGUGUAAUCAGAAUAUGUAAUGCAAGAACAUAUAUACAUUUUCCCAAUCAUUGGACAUAAUUUUUUUCCUAGGCAAAAUAUUCUGGACUGCGAAAUCAUUUGUAGGUGAAAAUCAAUAACCUCACUGAGAUUCUGCUAUUGGUGUCUUAUAGUUGUGCUCUUUGAAUUAUGCUUAAUACUAAGAGAUGCAAAAGUAUGAUAUGGAUAAAUUGAGAAAAAACUUCUUUAGAGCAGAAGCAGCUCCAGGUGAGAAGGGAAUUAUUUCCAUUUGGAAGCAUAAAAGGUAAUUAUGUAGAAAAAAACUGCAUUUUUGCACCACAGCUAGUUACUAUAUAUUUUUGUACAACAGGUAGUUACUAUAUAUUUCUGUACAACAGGUAGUUACUAUAUAUUUCUGUAGCUCAGAUAUAUUAGUCAUGAGCCCUCUUUCUGUAUGAGUCAUUGUAUGGACGAUGCCCAAUAGCAUUUGGGGACCUUUUGCCUGCAUCAUUAUUUGCUGGCUUGACUGCAACCUUAUCCUCAAGGUUGAGAUGAGGAUAUGUCUAUCCAAAGUCAUCAGCAUUCGCCCAUGUGAUUUUGGUGUUAUGAAGUCCUAUCCAAUGAAUCAAGGGUUGGAGAUCAGUAUUCUCCCAUGUUAUUGUGGUGUUAGGAAGUCCUAUCAAAUAAAUCAAGUGUUGGAGAUCUCUGGUUGUCUUCAUAGUGCGGGAGACACUACUGGAUAGCAAAUGUGUUAUGGUGAGAAUUUGUGAAGGUGGUUUGGCCAUGGAAGGGGUGCAACUUAGACAUGUGGAAGACUAGAUAGAUUUUCACAUGUGUAGGAGAGCAAGUUCAUAAGCAAUUGUUACAAUGGUGUGAAGGAUUUGAAAGGGUCUGAAGAUAGAUUUUCACACGUGUAGGGAGAGCAAGUUCAUAAGCAAUUGUUACAAUGGUGUGAAGGAUUUGAGAAGGAAAGUUUGGUUCAGGUUUAUAUCUCUCUCGUGGGUAUAAGAUUUAUGUACUAUGUUUUUUUGUUUUAUUAAUUUGCUAAAUGGAGAAGACUACUCCUACGUGACACCUUUUAUUUCAUGUAGUAUAACUUUUUUAAUCUAACUUGUUUUUUUGUUUAGUAUAAUUUUAUAUAACACAUGUAAUUAAUCAAAACAUAAGGAUAUGUUCUACUCUUA